UUUACAAGUGAGAGAGUGGCGACCACAGGACCAUGAGCAAGAUCCCUUACCACGACGAUCUUGAGUUUCCUUUCUGCGAUGAUGUUAUUAAAUACGAAAAACUGGCUAAAAUCGGACAAGGAACUUUUGGUGAAGUAUUCAAAGCUCGUGACAGAAGAACAGGCAAGGUUGUGGCACUCAAAAAGAUUCUCAUGGAAAAUGAGAAAGAAGGGUUUCCCAUCACAGCACUACGAGAGAUCAGAAUCUUGAAGUUACUCAGACAUGACAACGUUGUGAACUUGCUUGAAAUAGCUCGUACUAAAGGUCCGCCACCUCCAGGACUUCAGAAGCCUGCUAAAGCAACGCCACAUAUGUCCAGUCUUUCUACAUUCUUCUUGGUGUUUGAAUUUUGUGAGCAUGACUUGGCUGGAUUACUCUCCAAUGUCAACGUAAAAUUUAAUCUUGGGGAAAUUAAGAAGGUAAUGCAGCAAUUGCUCAACGGACUGUACUACAUUCAUUCCAACAAGAUUCUCCACCGAGAUCUCAAAGCUUCAAAUGUUCUUAUCACUAAAAAUGGAAUCUUGAAAUUGGCUGAUUUUGGUUUGGCUCGAGCAUUCAGUACUAGCAGACAAGGUCCAAAUAGGUAUACGAAUCGUGUUGUUACUCUUUGGUACCGGCCACCAGAGCUUCUCUUAGGAGAAAGAAAUUAUGGACCCCCAGUUGACAUGUGGGGAGCUGGCUGCAUAAUGGCUGAAAUGUGGACUCGCACACCAAUACUACAGGGGAGUACAGAGCAGCAUCAGUUGGCUCUCAUCACUAAACUUUGUGGCUCCAUUACACCUGAAGUUUGGCCAUCAGUUGAAAAUUAUGAACUUUACAACAAAAUGGAUUUAGUCAAGGGGCAGCAACGCCGAGUGUGUGAAAGACUAAAGCAUUAUGUUCGAGAUAGUCAGGCCUUAGAUUUGUUAGACAAACUUCUCACACUUGAUCCUAGCAAGAGAACCGAUUCCUCUUCUGCUCUGGAUCACGACUUCUUCUGGACAGAUCCAAUGCCUGGUGAUCUGUCCAAGAUGCUGUCACAACACACACAGAGUAUGUUUGAGUACUUGGCACCAGCAAGAAGACCGGGUGCAUCAAACAGACCUGUGAUUCAGCCUCGACAACCAGACAAUGUGUCGUCUUACCAGGAACGUGUAUAUUAAGGAGGAACAUGAGCUUUAAAAUUAGAGUAAUUAGAUUUUUAAUGUUAAUUUUUUGUACAGUAUAUUCCUGGUUUAUGGGCAGUUAGUGUUGGUGCUCAUGGGUAAAAUGCAUAAUCAUUCAUUUGACUUGCAAUGCUUUUCUAGAUAUCACAAAAGCUAGCAUCUACAUUCAGAAUACUGUAUAUUGAUCCAAAAUUUUACAUAUAUUCAAUUUAGGAUCAAAUGUGAUGACAAACUGGUAUUCUUUGGCUCUCAGGAUUUUAUGUUUUGAAGAUAAAUGGUUUUUAUCUUUAAAUGGAUAUUAAAUAGUUGUGCGAGAUUAUAUUAAAGGUAACUUUAGAAAUCUGUUUUUUUUCACAGAAUUCAUAUAGGUCUUCAGUGUUUGCUUCCGUAUAUGGUAAUUAUUAUUGUAAAAUGCUUUUGUAUUCUAUAUAUUAAAAAAAGAUGUCAUCAGUAAUAUGCAUAUUUCCUUAAAUUCUCAAGGAAAUAGUUUUUUUAUGUUUACUGUCCAAAUAUGAAAAACAUUGUUUUUAAUCAAGGACAGAAUUUCAGUGAUCAUAUACAAUAGGCAUCCCAUCCUCCUAAAUUGAAAGUACAGUACUUAAAAGUAACAAUAUGGUGGAAAGUACCAAUAUGUAGUGAUUGACCACCAGAAAGUUUACUUUAGUAUUACUGAAUUUGGACUCGCCAGACACUGUUUUAAUUGUUUAAGUGUAACCUAGGCUAACCUAACCUCUUAGCAAUUCUUGGCCUAAUACUUGCUAUCUAAUAGAGUAUAUAUAUGUACUAUACUAGGCCUAGGAAUAUUUCAGUUUGAUUUUUAGGUUUAUUUUUUCCUGACUAUGAAAUUAAUAGUACAAAAAGCGGUUUACCGGUAGAUCAUCACUACAUAUUGGUACUUCUCACGACAUAGGUACUAUAAGUACUUUCUAUGAUUUCGGGAGGGAUGGGUUCACAGUAUCAUAGAAAAUGUUGAAAACUGUUGAAAUUUUCCUAUUGGUGUAAACUAGUGGUAUCCGUUGUUGACUUCUUGUAAGUAUUAAAUGUUUUAGUUUUGACUUACUGAGAAAGUGUCUUGUUACUGCUAAAAGUAAUCUAACCUUCUCAGUAGUUCACACUUCAGGAAAUGAUACAAACUUGUUGGGAUUCAGAGAUUUUUAGAUCCAUGUGUAAUUUUUAUUAAAUGUAAAGAUAACUUACAAGCGGGCAUUGUUAGAAUGCCUUGGAAAUAUGAAACAUAAUGAUGAUAAUCAUUACAUGAAAAGAUGUCAACAUAGUGCCAUAUGAAAAUAAAUCAUUGCUGGGAACGUUGCUGUAUCAAAUCUCUGUACUAUGCUGUAUCUAUCCCUGGUAAACUCGACUUCACACACACACUGUCCUAAUUAAACUCGGUUUCACAUACUGAGAUGCCAUAUUCUAAGCACCUCAUUGUUGUUACUUUGUGUUGCUUAAAAUAUUUCACUUUUUUUUUUUUUUAACGAGGCUAUCAUCAGCUUUUUGUGGUUGCUUUUAAAAUAGCUGUAUGACUUUGUUGAUCUUGUAAAUAUUGCUUUUCCACAUGGUGAUCUGCCAUGCAUUCUCAAACUGUCUUGUUUCUUUAUAAAUUGCUUCACUUGUUGCUACCUCUGUAGUGUAUAAGAUAUGGUGAAUAGGUGUUAUUUUGUAAUAUCUUUAACUUUUUUUUUGUAUUGUUUUCUUGUCUUUUCUGACUGUUACCUUUCUGCCACUUGAAAUUCAAAUAUGGGAUAAUUAUGGUGACGAUAUCUAAGGGGCCGGCUCCACUUCAUAUAAUUUUAAACUUUUGGUAAGUGAAACUUUUAACACAUGAUUUUUUAUAGCCAAACCACUAUGUUUCAACAAUUGGUUGAAGUUUUGCUGCAGAGCCCUUAGCUAUAGGUAUGGGAGGUGCUUAGUGGCCAAAAUGCUCUGCCUUUACUUUGAAGCUAACACGGAACAAGUCAUGUGUGUGCAGAAAAAAUAAGUAGCCAUCAACUAGCUCUAAAAGAAUAGUUAUUAUAAAAUAUUUGUUUAGGACUAACUCAUGAAGGAAGGUCAUUGAUACAUAAAUUCUUCACAUAUACAAUUAUAAUUUUUAUCCAGAAUGUUGCAGAUGUGUAUAGUAUGAAAAACAAGAAAUUCAUGCUCUCUUUUUCUUACUCUGUAACACUGUGAAAGAAACAAAACAGACUAAAGAUAGGGACAGGACAGGAAGCCAACAUCAUCUUGAGGUUAUCAUGAGAUGGUUUCGGGGCUUAGCGUCCCCGUGGCCCAAUCCUCGACCAGGCCUUAUGUUUGUUACACACCCCCAGGAAGCAGCCCGUAGCAGCUGUCUAACUCCCAGGUACCUGUUUACUGCUAGGUGAACAGGGACAUCAGAGUGAAAAAACUUUGCCCAUUUGUCUCCACCUCCACCGGGGAUCGAACCCGGAACCUCAGGACUACGAAUCCGAUGCGCUGUCCACUCGGAUGUCAGAGAGGACAGGGAAACGGAGAUUAGAGGUGAGGAAGCGAGAAGAAAAACCUGGGUGUAACAGGUACUCCCCUUAGUUCAUUAUACAGUAAAUCAUUCUGAUGCCUUUAUACAUUUUUGUUUUUGUACAUACAGUGGUCUACUAUGCAAAGCUCCAUAUAUUUCAAGAUUAAAUGAAGGAUAAAGUUAUGGGCAGGAAAAAUGACUUGAAACUCCUGUGAAUCACAUAAUAUAUAUACAGUAUUGGAAAUUAUACUUCACUUUUACUUAUGGUGCUAAAUGCUUAUAAUUCAUUACAUCCUUAACAUGUGUAAUAUGGAGUAAUGUUUAAAUAUUUUGGUAGAGGCUAGAUGGAUAUCUUUGACUUAAUUAUUUCAACAGUUUAUCAUUGAUUAGGAUGGUUUUUGAACAAAUCCACAAGGGCCGCCGUGACUAGGGUUUGAACCUACGUCCGAGAGGAUCGCAGACGCGCCUUAAUCGACUGAGCUACAACAUGAUAUAAGAAUUAAGUAGAUUAAUUUGUUCCUUUUAAUUAAGCCGAUUAAUUAAACAGUCGAUUAAGGCGCGUCUAGGAUACUCUCGGACGUAGGUUCGAACCCUCGUCACGGCCCUUGUGGAUUUGUUGUUUGAUGCAUCACGCUAUUGUGAUGUCUGUGUGUAAUAAUGGUUUUUGUUUUAACCUGUAACUGGUUUUGAGAGUUUUGCUACUCACCACCUGACAUGAGAGAGGCUUUUCUGGUGAUGUUAUCAGCCAGACUAUUUAGUUCUUGAGGCCAGCAGGCCAAUAUUGCCAUCACAGCCUGGAUGAUUUGCUAGUUCAGCAGCUCCUCGACUUUCCUGUUGAAGCAUUUUUUUCAUUAUUUCUGGAAUAUAAGGAAAAAUAGGGCUUAAACCAGAUGACAUUGAUUUUUUCCAACUUAUUUCAGUGACUUCUGCCUAAUUAUUUUCAUAACAUUAUUUAUGCAAUUUAAAACUACAAGUAUAGAGAAAUUUGAUGAUUUACAUUUUGGUCUGUAAAUGGCUGUACUGGAAUAUGAAAAUUUCUUUAUUGCACAUGUCUUUGCUACAGCUCAUAUCUUAAUUUUAUACUUGGAAAGCCCCAUUUCUUAAAUUUAGUGAAGCCCGAACUUGUAAAGUGAUGUCUUUACUCCCACUUUCCUGCAACGUAAAGUGGUGUCUUUGCUCCCCCCUUUCCUGAAACUACUUUUUGUUAAACAUUUCCACCGUCAUUCUUACUACUUGGUACUGUUCUAAUUAUGGACGGGUCAGAAUCUGCUAAAGGUAUUGACAUAUCCAUUAUCUUAACUAAUCAAUCCUUUGUGUGCCACCUACCUCCAGAGCAGUAUUUUUGCCGGAGAACUUUAUGAUAUUUGCUCUAAGACGAUUAUAUUUCAUGAGUUGAUUAUCAAUGGUCAUUGUGGUUAACUCUUGAAGUACUCUCAUAGCCUUGGAGUCUGUUCACCCUUUUCACUGCUGAUAUCAAUAAAAUAGCAAAUACCAGUUAUAAAAUAAAUCUACUCGUACUAAUUUUGUCUCCUACAAGCUAAUUUCUUACUCAGAUUUCUAUCUUGUUCUUAAUGUGAUUUGCAGUCUUUGGAGAGAUAAGUGUUAGAUUGUUAGUUAGUGUAACAAACUGCAUUUACUUUCAUCAAAUGUGUCCUAUUCCUGACGCCUUUAUCUUAUAACUGAAAUAGAAAGUGGAAAUUAUCUCUCGCUUGAUUAUGUAUUGGCUCUAUAAGAUUAACUGUAGGACACAAUGGAACAUAGACCUGCACCAUAAUGUCAGACCUGCAUCGUUCUGCUUGUGGUCACUCAUCUCCUGGUGAAAUGUCUCGACUUUCUGGAUUACUGGAAGUUUUUCUCUCCUGCUAUUCCUUUUCAUCAGACAUCCCUUGAUAAAAUCCUCAGGAAAUCCAGCUCCUAUAGCAGUGGCCAUUGUGUUAGCAGUUACUACCAGAGGUAAAACUGCUCUCAUAUUGGCAUUCUGAAUGACAUCUAGGAACUCUUGACUGUUCUGUUCUAAUAGACAGUACUAAAUUAGCAUUGACUUUUGAUUAAGUACUUGUCAUGGAUAGUAGGUAUGUUUAAGGUAGUGAUCCCAAAAAAAAUUUUGAACAAUUAAUAUACGUCUUUUAGUGCAUUACUAUUCACAAAUCAUGUAACGUACUUUUGGCUGUUAAUCAUCUCUGGCGUCUAAGUUUAAAAUCAGCAUUGCCUCUUACCUCAUUACCCACUUCUCAUGUAGUAUGGUAGUGAAGACUCGUCGUACAGGAAAAUAAAAAUCUUCAAAAGAUGAAAAGUUAGAAAAUAUUGGUGUUGUAUCUGAUCUUGGGCAAUAUAUUAUUCACUAUUCCGAAAACAUCGCAACUUGGCAAAAUAUUCAGAGUUGUAUUUAAUCCAUUUCAUAAUUUAAGUAUUGAAGUAUUACAUAGGAAUUACCACAGCAAAUCAUGUCAUUUCUUCUCGCCAAACAUUAUAGUCAGUCAUAUUGUGAUUUUUUGUAUGCCUUGUUCACAAGUAUACAAUAUAUUGUCACUUUUACAUUAUUUUCAUGUAUACCAUAAUGUAAUUUGUUGCGCAUUGUUCACAUGUAAACAAUAGUCAUUUCUUGUGCAGUUUUCACAUGUACCAUAUUGUCAUUUCUCGUUCAUUGUUCAUAUAUAUACCAUAUCAUCACUUCUCAUGCAUUGCUCACAUGCAGUAUGUACCAUAUAAUUACUCAUGUGCAGACUUACAUAUUAUGUACUCAUAUAUUGUUCCAUGUAUACAGUAUUGUCACCUCUCUUCCAUUGUUCACAUGCUUACCAUAUUUUUAAGCAUACUGUAUCUGUCCUCUGUGUUCUGGGCCUUCCUCUCUUCCAAUCCUGAUAUUCACUUACGUGCACUUGCCCAUUCAUUCCUUAAAAAUUUAUUCUUUAUGACCAUAGCACAUUCUACCCACUUCUACAGGUCUGUAAACUGAAGCCCAUAUUUCUAAAAUACAAGUGUAAUCAUUGCAUACCAGAUCUGUCUUUGUUUCUUCUGGAAUUGGCAAAGCGUUAAAGAAAACUUUCAGCCAGCAAAGUGGUCUACUUCGUCAGUUCAUAACUGAGGGUUCAAGUCCAGGGCAGGACAGAGACCAUUGGGCACAUUUUUUCUUAAUGAUAUAUAUCACUAAGAACUCUAAGUGACCCGACCAGGAUUCGAACCCGCGCUGCUCAGGAUCAACCCUAAAUGUACUCAGUACUGUGAUCACCUCAGUUGAGAGGUGGUCACAGUGCUGCAGAUGCAUUGUUCCACUAACAGUUGCCCACCACCUUAGAAGGUCCUGAUUUUUAGGUGAUUACACUUUGUGCUUUCCCAGUGUUCCUUUGAGUCGUAUGUCCCUUGAUGAAGUCCUCAGUGAAUAUGAUACAGUACCUUUAAUGCUUUUUUUUUUUUUUUUUGUAUCUCUUUGCUCUCAUAUGGAUAUCCUUAAUGAUAUCUAGGAACUUGUGAAAAUUCUGUGUCACAGACAGCGCAAAAUAUUCUUUCAGGCUUCUUGCCUUCUUUUGAUAAUUGCUUAAAUGGGUUCUGUAGUCUUUUUGCAACAAUUUUCACUGCAUUGUGAAAGGUUCAUGGUUUUUAUGUUUUCACAUAAAAUAUAACACGUCUUCAGAUUUGGUACACAAAUGCUUUGUGAACUGUGUGCUUAUUGCUUAGUGUCUUCCGUGCCUUCCUAUGAUCAAUCACUAUUAUGAGUGCAUAUUUAUUUCUGAUCAGAAUGAAGAAUUCAAGGAAAUUUCUUUAUAUCUUGUACAUCUCUUUGGAUUAUAUAGUGUUGUAUGUUUCUUUAAGACAUUAGCAGGUCUUGGGAGUUUUAAAUUUUGUUGUAUAUUUUGGAUAUCAUGUUUUUGGUUUAUAAAUAUAUUCCUGGGCUAAAUUCCUUCAUUUCUAAUACAAACUUCCUUUGAAAACUUUCAGUUUUGGCUUCCUGCAUUCUUAGGGGGUUCUGUAGCUAUUUUGAGAAGUUUGCAGAACUAAAAAAAAAAAUUUCUUUUUAAUGGUGGAGUUGUUGUUUCUGGUCUUAAAUUACCUGGUUUUCUAACCCAUGGUGGCAGUUGCAGAAACCAUUAUUUUUGUCUUAAUACAGUAAACCAUAUCCCAACACCUGAAUCACAACUUUUUGUUAUGUGGGCCAUUGCUAUCUCAGUGCUUCCACUGAAGCACUGUAUUUUGAUAUGUAAUUGUCAUGAGAUAACAUGUUUUACUUUUAUCAUUUAUAUAAUCUUGUUUUGAAUGAUUUUGAAUUAGCUUUUUCAUUUUAACCGAGAGCCAUUAUUUCUGUCUAGUGAUUUAUUACACAUACGACUAAUUUCCUGAUGGCAGUUAUUUUGCCUUGUUUCUGGUUAUUGUCUAACAGCACUAAUGGAAUUAUAAUUUAUAUAUACACGUUUGCAUUGGGAUCAUUCAUUGUGCUACUUAGUUUUUGGAUUGCCCUGCUCUAUGAUGACAUUUCUGGAGUGCACUCCUUAAUAUUAUUCAAUGGUGCUAUUUUGAUAAUGCUAUUACCAGUUUGCUCUCAUGAAGUGUGCAGACAGUCUUGAUGAAGACAGAACUUACAUACUAGAGAUGAGAUAUAUAUUGGAGGAGGUAUUACAGUGCAGUACUUUAUACUAGAGGCAAGAUUUACAUGGUGGAUCUGAUCAAGAUGAUCAUGGUAUCAUGAUCACAAAUCACUUGCAUGUUGAAAAGGAAUAUUAGUUGAUAUUUGCCAUAUUUAAAAGACUGUGGUGAAGGCAUUACUUUCAAAAUAUGCUUAGUGCUUGUGUUGUGUACAUACGGCUUUUCUUAUGGAAACAGGGUUCGUGUUUUGGAGACAGUUAGUGUAAUAGAAAUGGGGUGUGUGUGUGUAAUGGAGAUGAUGGUGGAUAUAAUCUUAUGUAAAUGAAAUAACACUGAAAUGGUGAAGGUAAGGCUUUUAUAACAGCAUUUUUGUCAUUGGAUACUACUGUAUUUUAGUCAAAAAAUAUUUAACUGUAGUGCAGAUGUAGCUCAAUUAGUGAUGUUUGCAUUUAACGUUUUUAAACCCAUUUUAUGAAAUGGGGCUUUGACACGGCACAGAGAUUAAUGUGGGGAGGUAGGACAGGAAUAUUAAUACCUGGGUGGAAUCUUAAAAUGCCACAUGAUUAUAUACGGCUUCUAGCAUUAAGUAUCUCUUAUAGGUAGGUUAUGGUGAAGUGGAGUGAAAUAACGCAAAGUACAUAAAGAGAGAGUUAAUUCUUGCAUGUCUCAUAAUUAAAAGAUUUUAAAUUAUAAUAUAUUUCAAACUUGGCAUCAUGAAAUACUAUGUUCCUGUAACUAAACAAGAAGGAUUAGCUUAGUCUGUUGCUGGCUUCCUGAUGCCUACCUUACUAUUAGGACCAAAUUCAUGAAUGAGUUCAUUAAAGUCUUCAGGGCUAUCACAGUGCACUACCAUGUUGCAUAUGUGUCUUGUCCUAAACUUUUCUUAUAAAAUGAGGAUAAAUAAAAAUUAAUAAGUUUUAGUUACUAGAACAUAUAUGAAAUAAAAUAUAAUAUGCAGUAUUGUUCUUUCUUGCAAAACUGGCUUUAUUCUUACAUAUGCUAUUAUUUUCUCUGAUAUGCUUGUUAAAUUUCUGGGCCCCAUUUAUUAAACAUGUAAAGAUUGUAUUAUUAAAAAAAGAAAAUAUGCUUAAAGUAAUUUAUAGGUCAUUGGUAUUUAGGUUGUGGAAAGAUAGUCAUCAGUGCUGGGAUUAAAUCAUUGGAUUGGGAUAAUGUUUGUAUAAUAUGAAAUUGACUUAUUCAUGGUGAUUGCUCUUGUGUGUGAGGCCUAAAGUAGCUGUGUUUAAAAUAUAGCAUUAAUAAGCAUGAUUUAAAAUGGUACUCUAUUAUGUAUCUAUAACACUGUUGGCAACAGGCAAGAAGUUGUGUGCAGGAGUAAAGGAGAGUAAUACAUGGUAAACCUCUUGAUGCACAUCUCUGCUGUUUGAAAAAGGAUUAACUAUAUAAAAUACUGCUGAAAAUGGAAAAUUAAGGUACUUAAAACUGUAAAUAUAGUAUUUAAUUGAUCAGAUGAUCACUGGAGCUGAUUUAGUGGCUCUUAAGGGAGGAAGGCAAUAUGGUUUGUGAGCUGCCCAAAAAUAUGGAAGUUUAAUUCAAAUUUAAAUAUGAUAAUGGAGUAUAAUCAUCUAGCAGAGCCAAUGAAAAAGCAGUUAACAUAAGCAGGCGAUGAGUCACAAUAACGUGGCUAAAAUAAGUUGACCAGACCACACACUAGAAGGUGAAAAGACGACAACGUCUGAAGACAAUCGACUUGAGAGUGGUCCAGGAUGGACUGAAACGUCGUCAUCCCUUCACCUUCUAGUGUGUGGUCUGGUCAACAGUUAACAUAAGUGAAUGUAUAGUCUGAAGCAAAGAUAGGGGAAGUGCAGACCAUUGACGUGGUUGUUCAUGGAGGCAAGUGCCCGGUAUUGAACUAAGAGUAAAAAAAUAUGCAAAUAGUAUUUUGAGCUAUUGUACAUAAAGUGGUUGCAAACUAAAAGUUCUAAUAGUUUUCAUGUUAAUAAGUAGGAGUACUGUAGGUGCAAGAGGUGGCCAUAGAUGAAAUGAUAGGCAAAAAAAUAUUGCAUGAUUGUGUGAUAGGUGAGUUAGGACAUAUAAAUAAUUGCAUUGCAUGGUGAAAGGUGUGUAUGAUAUGGCUAACAACCUGGCUACCCAGCUGGGGGGAUGGACGCUGAACCAUGUGUAUGUGUCUCUACAUGUAUUUAUGUAUGUAUGUAAUGUAAGUAUUUAGAUAUUAGUAACAUAAUUUUUUGCCUCAUAAAAUAUAACUUUGUUUACCAUAAUUGUCAGCUUUUAAUAUAGAGUACUUGAUCAUAAAGAGUAGGUGAAGUAAGAGACUUUCACUUCUGUGUAAUAUAUUGCAUGAAAAAGGUUUUUGUUGUUUCCUCAUUGUGUUUUAUGUUUGUUUUAUAUGGUAAUGACAGUUUAAAGUUGUUCAUAUAAAACCUACUGUACUAUAUGCUCAAAGGGAGAGUUCCUCGCCUAAUCACUAUAUACGCAUGGUCUUCACUUGGUUGUGUUGUAUCCUCCAUGCUCAUCACUUGAAUUACCUUUUAUAACAUUACUGAAACUUUUUUUUAUAUUAGCAGUGGACAUAGAUGUUGAUUAUUUUAUUCAAGGGGUAUGUUAACUGUGUAAUGACCAAAGGAAAAGAGAUCUUGUCUUUGUCAUUCAAAGACUUCACAGUACUGCAGCUUGAAUGCUUUCAAAUUAUUGUAUAAUUUAUUAGUACUGUAUAUGGAAAUAUUUCUUUGGGGGAAAUGAACAAGUUUAAUGCUAAUUUAAAUUUUGAAUUGCUUACAGGUAAUAACAGUAUAUUAGUAUUGUACUGUAUAUACAGAGUACAUUAAGCAAUUUGAGAGUGCAUCAAUGUUUUAAGGUGCCUUUAUUCUCUUCAUUAAACUUAAAAUUCAUUAUUUUUGUCAAGCAUUAAUAGUUUUUCACAAAAUACCUUAUUCGAAGUAAAUGUAAUAUGAAUUUCCUUUGAUAGUUCUGUACAGUUCAUUUAUCAAAUGAAAAUAAUUUUCACCAUGUUGCCUACAUUUUUAUCUGAAACGAUAAAGAAGUUUUAAGUUGUCAUAUGUGAAAUUGAGUUUUAUGAUGAUAAUUUUUUUUUAAAUCCAUUAACUUGUAUAAUCUGCUAUAUAGUAUUUUCAUCUGUUUUCCUUAAAAGAUGAUUAUUUUAAAUGGGCUUAUUUAAUAUAAUCUACACUGAAAUUUAAAUAGGUACUUAUGAAUGAUAUCAUCUUGACUGGAAUACAGACAUAAUUAUGUUCCCUAAUAAUGUAUGGAGCAUGAUUAUUUACAUAAAUUUUGUUGUGAUUUAGUAGAUGUAUUAUACUACACGUAUGUCAAUUUGAGACGCGACAAAAAUUUCAUCCUGUUCCAUCUAAGGAUAUACCUGUAUUGAAUUGCUUAACAAACUGGUUUCUUUUUGUCUUUAAUUUGUGAGUUAAAUUAAACAACCAAUAGGCAAGUUUUGCAGAUACUCAAGGUACGAAACAAUUAACAAGUUACUACAUUAGGCCUACUAAUAACCGAGAUAACCAAGAUACUAUGUAUAGAAACACCAUGAGAAGAGUUGAUUUGGCAUUUCUAUAAAUUGUCGUUAUAUUGUUUUCUCUUCAACCAUGUGUUCUACUGUUAUCAUAGCUCUAUUACCAUGAUGACUAUGUUAUUUCAAACACGAUAUUCUUUUGUCAUUUUUUUUAAUUUGUUAUAUUGAUUAAUUACAAGUAUUGUUUAUUAAAUUAUUCUGCAAAACUAGUGUUGACUGCUGUGAUGAUAAUACUGAAUGAUAAAUAUACAGUAAUUGAUUAUGGCCUGUAAAUUUAUUUCAGCUCAACAGGGUGUCAUAUUUUAUAUAUAUAUAAAUAUAUAAUAAGUGUGUGUGUGUGUUAGGGGGGGGGGUCUCUCACAAACACCGAACAUCUCAUGCUGGUAGAAAUCAUUUCUACUCGAUUAAAGAAAUAUCUAAUAAAAAUUACAUAAAAUCUUAAGAGUAAUGGGAGGUAAUUGCUACAAAAUAACAAAAUAAGGGAGGAAUUAAUACAUUGCUACCAUAAUUUCCUUGUACUGAUUCCUUUGUAAUGCAAGCAGUGAGGUGUAUGCACACACACACACACACACACACACACGCAUGCACGCAUGAUAACUAAACCUGGGCUAAGUCUCAAAUGCAAGAAAAGACACGUGGUUGGAACACUUCUAGAGUCUGUAGUACUUGGCAACCUACAUUAAAAAGCAACAUACAAAUUGUAUAUUAUAAUUUAUAAUACGAGUACAAGUCCAUUUAAGCAUUCCUAAAAAAAAAAUAAUGUUUAUACUGUAACUAAAAACAUGAGUUUAUCCAAGCGUGAAAUAAAAAGUGGGAAUGCACUUGCUGAAUCAGCUGGGUGAAUUUUGGCAACUUUUUCUAACAAUCAAGAUUUAUCAGAAUCAUAUUUUGGCUAGGGAAUAGUGCAGUUAAUCUUUGACUGUAUUGUGGUAAAAUUAACCAAGGUAUGUCCAGUUCCCAAUUCUUCAUAGCAGUCUAAAGGUUUCAAUCUGUUCUUUUGACGCUACACAGGACAUUAGUAUAGGACUAAUUUGAACCUGCGAUAUGCAGGAUUAAGAAAUAAUAAGAUAUAUUGAGGUUGGGUUGCUAAGCUGGUUUUGGUUGAACAUCUUGUUUAAUAAAGUGCAGGCCUACUUAACUUAAAACAUUAAAUUAUCGAUUUUUAUGAAAUUUUAGUUUAUUAAGCAACUGUUAGGAUGGAUUAUAUAUAUAUAUAUGUAUAUUAUAUAUAUAUAUAUAUAUAAUCUAAAAAUUUGAUUUACAAAGUUCUCAGCUUAAGUUGAUGAACUAGGCAACAUGUGAAGGCUGAAGGGGUUAAUUCCCAGGUUUGUUGUUGCCCAAGGACCAUUGUGGCAUCUUGCUCUGUAGACAAGGAGUAAAGUAUUUCCUUGGUCUUGAGUACAUUAUCUUUAUCUAGUUUUAUUAUUAGAAUAUAUACUUUUUUAUUCACAAUAAAUAUACAUCUGUGAUAUCAAAAGCAUGUUAAGACCUUUAUACUUGUGACUCAUGUUGGGUCUUAGUAAAUCUGGCAUUUUA